UGCCUCCACACUACAGUCUCGAUCACCAUCGCCACAGGAAUCUUUGGUUUAUGUGUCGCUUUCCUCCUUCUUAGCCCAUGCUAUUUUUUCUUGUUUGUUUGUUUUUGGGUUUUUUGGCCAGCAUGACGGAACUUGGACGUGUCAUUUGGGGGUAACAAUAAUAAUGGUCCGUUUCAAAUGUACAUUUUUACCGAGCUGGAGUUGAGCUUUCAUUCACAGUCCAAGUGGAUCCACACAGCGGGAUGGAUGCAAAUGGAUGUGCAGUGCUAAAACUUUUUGUUGUGGGUUUGUUUGUGCUGAGAAUGCUGUAGUAGCUGGAACAGUGGAGUAACUUUGUCGCCUCAGGAACCGUUUGGAUGAGGUCCUUCUGGGCCAGCUUGGUUUGUGACAUCUGUGGUCUCGUCCACUUCUACAGCAUAAAAAGGGGCUGCAACUGAUCUCCUUUUUAAUUCAACGCAUGGAUGAUGGGAGGACUGUCAGCGACUGAGAGUUUCAGCAUUGAACCCACGUCCUCUCGGCCGAGGAGAGCAUGCAACGAGUCCCGCUUGGAGUGGGAAGUGGAGGUCUGUGGUGAAGCCUUCAAACGGGACAUGGCCCACAUAGACCCUCAGUAUUGGUGUAACCUCACACACUUCAUCAGCGAGUACCAUCUCUUCACCCUCUGCACUGAGACCAAAUCCCUUAUCGUGCACUGCUACUGGCCAAAUCCACUGGUGGAGAGCUACAUCAUCCGCAUACACAAGCACUUUUUCUCCAACUGCACCAUGGAACAGGUGGCGUGGGUGGAUCCUCCAGAUAACACGCUAACCAUCCUCAUCCUGAUUCCCGUUUUCCUCACUUUGUUUAUGAUUGCACUGGUGGUGUGGCGCAGCAAGAGGAGCGAUAACCUUGCUUAGACGAUAUCGCCUAACAAUCAACGUACAAAACAAAGGAAUUUGUUUUGAGUUGAUCAGUUGAUCUGCAAUUAUCCCAUCCAUCCAUUCAUCCAUUUUCUACCGCUUAUUCCCCUUUGGGGUCGCGGGGGGCGCUGGUGCCUAUCUCAGCUACAAUCGGGCGGAAGGCGGAGUACACCCUGGAAAAGUCGCCACCUCAUCGCAGUCAAAAACAAAACAGUCUUGUUUCAAUCCGUAGCACAAGUUUACCAACACAACCAAAAAACAUUUUGAUAAGUAGAAUAUUUGACUCCAACCAGGUUAUUCUCAGUUAAUGAAAGCAUGAAAAUGUCCUUUAGCAUCUUAAAAAGUUUGUUGAAAGUUUACGGUGUUCUAUCCGUAGAGCUGUUAAGGCAGAAUUAUGCUCCAGUGUCACGUAGCUUGCAUUAUUGACGCCAACUUGCUCCUCCCCAUCCAAAGCCUUUUAAGUGCACCUCUAAAAUUAAUCAAGCUUCGGUCGCCAUUGUUUACCACACAAAGCUUGUCCAUUGCUUUCAGUGAAGUCAUAUUGAGAAAAUGCUGUAAAAAGGCUAAAACACACAAAAAGUAGCACAGUAGUUUAUGACAGCCUUGGUUUGCUGACUGAAUGAGCAUGGAAAUUGGUCAGCCCGCCCACAAUGGAUGAGCUGCCUGUCACGAAAUGGCUGUUGCAGGCCCAUAAUAGGUGUAUGUAACGUUCGUACAGGGCAACAUUGUCUGUACAACAAAGCUUAGCUAGUAGAGGUAGGACUUUUUAGACACUUCAUGAUUAAAUUAAAUGUUUGGGCUGUUUGAUUUUGAAUUAAACACAAUUUCCACAAUAUAUUUUUUUCUACAAAUAUAUUACUAUAAUAAAACAUUUUCAAAAACAGGUACAAAAGCUGCUCUUGGCUGCUGAAGUAUGACUUAUUAGGCACAGUGUUGACCUAAAAAACGUUUUCUUAUAGUUUUUUUAUAAUGAUAUUUACAAAUGUCACACAAUGUUAAUCAUCCAUCCGGUCAUUUUCUACCGCUUGUAAAUUUCGGGGUCACAUGGGUGCUGGAGCCUAUCUCAGCUGCAUUCAGAUGAAAGGCGGGGUACACCCUGGACAAGUUACCAUCCCAUCGCAGGGCCAACACAGAUAGACAUUCACACUCACAUUCACACACUAGAGCCAAUUUAGUGUUGCCAAUCAACCUAUUCCCAGGUGCAUGUCUUUGGAGGUGGGAGGAAGCCGGAGUAGCCGGAGGGAACCCACACAGUCACAGGGAGUCCACUCCACACAGAAAGACAAAUAGCAUAAAAAAUAUUAUAUUUUUCUUUUUUUUUUUAAUCUAUUUUGGAAAAUUAGGAAUCAAUUUUGAAUUGGAAUAACUAAUGAUCGCUAAUCACUAAUAAUUUGGAUGUGAAUCAAUUUUUUGAACACCCCUAUUAACAAGGGUUGUGGUUCAGAAAAAGACUGCCCUCUAGUCUUUUGUAAGAGAUUUGCAAGUAAACAAAUGCUGCAAACCAGGGGCUAUUCAACCUAAUUGAUCUGGACGCAACAUUUUCAAAAUUCUAAACACCGGGCAGCCGGAUUUCUCCCUUCACUAUUACAAAAACCCGCAUCCUCUGGACUCAACUUUUGCUUUUGGGUUAUUUCUUGUUUCUGAGUUACACAUUUCAGGAUAGCCCUGUUAUGUAAAAUUGCCUGCUGUUAGAUUGUUAAUAUGUCAAAGCGAGGAUUUGCCAAUAUGCUUACACUGUUCCAAGUUCUCUAUACAACAAAAGUGCUAUAGCUACAAAAAAAAUUACCGCGUCUGGUGUUACUGCUGGUCCGGCUUUUGCCCCCACACCGCCAGUUGAAUAGCCAGGCUCUACGAACACCAUCGUAGUAUGCAAGCGAUGGGACGCAAGAGCAUAUUUCAAUCUUUAAAACACAAAAGCUGUGUCAAUUUUAUUGUUGGCAUUGUGGAAAAGUGGGUAAUAAAAAUAAAUCCAAUGGCCAUAAUAUUGGCACUGCUGAGAAACAAAUAUGCUUAUUGUUAUUAUGAGUGGUCUCAGAUGUAAAACAAAAGAAUUAAAAACAACCAUCUUAAUUUUGUCUUUGUUGAUGUCUCUGACAUCAAUUGACCUUCCAAAUGAAAGCCCACUGUGUCCCUUUCAGAUGCCAAAGGUGUAACGUGCCAGGAGUUGAGCGAAAGCAAUUUAGGAUUUGAAUUCACUGCAUUCCAGUGUGUAUUCAAGCAGUUAUUACACAAGAGCAGACAUGAAGAUGGCUUCAAUCAAAAGUUUGUUUUGUACUAAACAGUUCAUUAUAUGCACGUUGGUAAGAGUAAUGUAUAUUUGCCAAAACUAUUUAUUGUAGAGGUAUAUGUGCAUCCAGUGGUUUAAAAAGUAUGACCUGGUGAAGACUUUGAGCCUUUCUAUGGCCAGCUGGACAUUCAAAGUGACCAGUGAGCAUGGAGGGUCAUGUCAGAAGCACUGUAUCCCAGCUAAAGGCCAAAGUAUCCCAGUGACCCAAUUCCUUCAACUCUUGGAAAUAAGAUUCCCAGCGGACUGACUGUGUUGAGUAUUUUUAACAUGAAACACAACAGGAUGAAAAGAAGCCCAAACUUGGACUAAAAAAGACAUUCUGGAAGAUUCCUCCCCACUGUUGGAUUACUGAAGGGACAGUCACUAGUGCAAAGGACACACGGACAACACUAUGUUCAACUAGUUUGAGUCUUUUGUGGCUUUUUUAUACAAGUGUAACUUGUCAUAUACUGUUGAAUAAAAUACUGUAAAUACACUGAGAUGUUUUAAUGUAGCUGUGAUCCUCAGUCUGUGCCUCACUUGUGUCAAUAAAAGGUAAAUCCAUC